AUGAGGUACGACGGAACCCAAGACCCACAGGAGCACCUUACGGCCUUCGAGGCCAGAAUGAACCUGGAGGGAGUAGGGGACGAGGUAAGGUGUCGCGCCUUCCCGGUCACCCUCGCGGGACCUGCGAUACGGUGGUUUAAUAGCCUCCCGCAGGGCUCGGUGGCCGAGUUCUCAGAUAUAAGACACGCCUUCUUAGCCCAAUUCACUACCAGAAUAGCCAAGGCAAAGCACCCAAUCAACCUGCUUGGAGUGACGCAGAGGUCCGGAGAACCGACAAGAAAAUAUUUGGAUCGUUUCAACGACGAGUGCCUGGAGAUCGAUGGACUAACCGACUCGGUCGCCAGCCUAUGCCUGACGAACGGACUCCUAAACGAAGACUUCAGAAAACACCUCACGACGAGACCAGUGUGGACAAUGCAGGAGAUCCAAUGCGUAGCCAGAGAAUACAUCAAUAACGAAGAAGUCAGCCAGGUUGUGGCUGCCAAUAAGCAGCAGCCCUCCUUCAACCAAAACCGGCACCACGGAAGCGGAGAAAGGCGCCAGGAACACGCCAGAGACGGCGCUCCGAGUAAGAUUCCCAGACCGUUUCCUCGUGUCGGGAAGUUCACUAACUACACUCCUCUCACCGCACCUAUCAUGGAAGUUUAUCAAUAG